AUGUCCCUCCACGCCACCCCAGCUCUCUCAUCCCGCAUAACAAAACCAAGACGAAAAUCCGGACUCGCAGCCCUAGGUUUAAAACGCAAGACAUCCUCUCCCUCAACUACAACUCCAAAACAACUCUCCUUACCAUCUGAACCCUCAACCUACGACGAUGGCCAACCCCCCUCUCUACUCACUAACCUCAACCUAUGCGAUAUUCCUCAAACCAUAACCUCCAUCCACACCCACACAUUCUCGGCCCUCCCCAAUUAUCCUUCACUCUCCUCAAUUCUCACAUCCCGCAUCCUCAACCAUCGCCGCCGCCUCCCGCCCUUCAUAUCCCUCGCACACUUGCAUGCUGUAUCCGCCUCUGCAACCAGCGUAGACCGCGAGAUAUUUGCGCUGGUAAAUGCCGGCGUGCUACGGCGCGUUGUGGUGCCGAAUCGCGUUGGUUCUGUGGGAGAAGGCGUGGUGCUGGUAGAGGAGUGGAGGAGACUUGUAGAAGAGAAUGGUGGUAUACCGGCAGACUUGAAAGAGAAAUACGUCACCUCCCUCACCUCCCCUCUCUCACCCCUGAAUUUUACGUCAAAAGACCGCGAAAUUCUCCUCUCAACAGGCUUCCUAACAUGCAACACUACCGCCCCUUCCGCCCCAUGCACCCUAUCCCUUCCAAACAUGGGUUUAUACAUCAAACUAGUAUCCGACGCGAAAGCCCACCUUCUCAAACUGCUCAAACAAAACGCACACGGUACGAUGCCGCUGUGCGACCUAGCAGAGCGCUGGAACGGCGGCGUGGUCGACGAGGGCGAUGUACGGGCUGAGCGUAAGAAGGUGCGAGGUGAGUUUCAGGGGGUGCUGCCUGGAAGGACGAAGAGGUGGAAGCAGUUUUGUGGGAUGAGGGUUGAGUGGGUGGUGGAAGAGUGUGUGGGGGCGGGGUUGGUGGAGUUGUUCGAGACGGGGAGCGUGGGGAGGGGGGUGAGGGUUGUG